GUCCUCGCCCCCAAUCGCAGGAACUGAUUCGUCUCAUGGGCUUAGAAAGAUGGCUGGUCUGGUUCGGUUGGUUCCUGCAUUCCUUCAUCAUCAUCCUUGUCGUCUCAACCAUCAUGACGAUUCUACUCAAGUUGGAACUCACGCCCAUGGAUGACACGUCGGGUUUUCUGCCGCCCAUUAUCAUCCACACGGAUCCCUUCUUCAUGUGGGUGCUCUUCGUGCUCUAUGGCGUGUCAUCCAUCGCCUUCUGCUUCGCUGUGUCGACGUUCUUCAGCCGGCCCACGCUCGCCACAACCUUGGGCAUCCUGCUGUGGCUGGUAUCCUACUUCCUGCCUCGUCAGCUGAUGGACUUCGAGUACAACGACCUUGGUCUGGCGCCGAAGAUCCUGUCCUGCUUCUUACCCAACAUGGCCAUCACCUGGGCCUUCAGGAUUAUCGCUAUGUUUGAAGGGAGAUCGUUGGGCGUGCAGUGGAGCCGCCUGUGGGACACCGGCAACCCCCGAGAUCAGCUGACUCCGGCUAUGGUCCUCAUCAUGCUGGCCGUCGAUACCAUUUUGUACCUUUUCAUCACAUGGUACGUCGAUCACGUCAGCCCGGGCAAAUAUGGAGUUCCCUUGCCAUGGUACUUCCCUUUCCAGAGGAGCUACUGGUGUGGUGCGUCUACGACAGAGGAUCACUCUCGAGGCUUCGGCUCUGAGUCAUCGGAGAACGAGUACUUCGAGGAGGAACCGGACGGUCUCAAGCCGGGAAUCACUAUAAAGAAAUUACGGAAGGAGUUUAAGACACUAGGAGGGAAGACGAAGGUGGCUGUCGAGGACGUGUCUCUGACGUGUUACGAAGGCCAAUGCACGGUCUUGCUGGGGCACAACGGCGCUGGCAAGACCACUACGAUGUCCGUCCUCACAGGUGUGUACGCCCCUUCGGCUGGCUACGCAGAAGUGGGCGGCUGGGACAUCGCCACCAACCUGAAGAAGGCGAGGGAGGAGAUCGGACUGUGCCCACAACACAAUAUGCUGUUCAUUGACCUCACAGUCCUCCAGCAUCUCCUCUUCUUCGGUAGAUUGAAAGGAAUGACAACGAAAGACGCUCGCAAGGAAGCCGAGGAGCUCAUGCAACGCCUGGAACUGAAGGAGAAGAAGAACAUGUUUGGUAACCAGCUGUCCGGAGGCAUGAAGAGGAAGCUUUGCCUCGCCAUUGCUCUCAUCGGAGGCUCGAAGGUGGUGAUUCUCGACGAGCCGAGCAGCGGCCUCGACCCGGAGUCCCGACGAUGGGUGUGGGAAGUGGUGCAAGGGGAACGUGGGCGCCGGACCGUCCUCGUCACCACACACCACAUGGAAGAGGCCGACGUGCUGGGCGACCGCAUAGCCAUCAUGGCGUCGGGCAGGGUCGUCUGCUCCGGAUCCACGCUCUUCCUCAAAAACAAAUUCGGUGAUGGAUACACACUGACAAUAAUGGUCUCAGAGGACAGCAGCAUUAAGGACAUACAGACAGAGGUCAUGAAGCACCUUCCUGAAGCGGCCCUGAGGUCAUCUCAGGGGGGUGAAGUGACCUUUAAACUCCCCCCGAUGACAGCCUCCUUCGCCCCUCUUCUCGACUCGCUCACGGAACAGAAAGAGAAAAUGGGAAUCAGACAUCUAGGCCUAUCGCUCACCAGCAUGGAGCAGGUCUUCUUAAGAGUGGGUGACUUCGCUGAGGGCGCUGACAAAGAGUCGCCGCAAGGGCUGAACGGAACACUCUACGACAAGAUUAACAUUAACGACGACGCCAACAACGGGUUCCUCGGCAACCACCAGCAGGGCGCUAAUGGAUACAGUAGUCAGCGCUUUCUUUUCAACAGUCAAGCAGAAGUGGACAUGAGGCUGACAGGAUGGGCGUUAUUGAAGCAGAGAAUAAGAGCGUUUUUCGCCAAAAGGAUGAUUUAUUCCAAGAGGAAAUGGGUUCUCCUUCUUACACAGGGUCUCCUUCCAGUACUAAUCACCAUCAUGUGCCUCUUGGUCGACGCUUCCUUCAACGAGGAGACCUUCCAGGAACCUCCGCGCGUCCUCAACUUGUCAAUGUUUACUCAAAGCAAGUCCUUCGUACACGCUGGCCAAGGCCGUGAGGAUCUCGCUGCCUCUUACCAAAGUCUCUUCUAUGAUCCGUAUGAGGUGGAGUACGCAGACAACCUGACUGACAGACUCUUAGCUGAAGCAGAUAAGGAUAUUUUCCAGUACCGUGAAAAUAACAUUUGUUCGGCCGACUUCGAAGCUGGACUCUUCGGACUAACGACAAACAUGAAGACCAUGUACCAGUCGGUGCCUUACCAUGCCCCAGGAGUUAGUACCACCAUGGUCACUAACGCCCUCCUCAGCUUUGCCACCAACUCAUCUAACCACUCAAUUACCACAGUCAACCGCCCUCUACCACCAAACAGGACGUGGAAGGUGGGCCGAACCAGCACCUCAGGGAGUGCCUUCGUCUACGCUAUGGUGAUGCCCCUCGCUCUCGCCUUCCUGUCGGCCUCCUUCCUCGUGUUCCCUCUGGAGGAGCGAGAGACCAAGGCUAAGCAGGUCCAAGUCAUGACAGGCGCUCCCCUGUGGGCUCUGUGGACCACGACCUUCCUGUGGGACCUCCUCACGUACACGGUGUCCGCUCUGGCCGUCUUCAUCUUCUUCAUGAUAAUGGAUUCGAAGGAUUAUUUCACCGUCGCCCAAGCACCUGGUGCGCUAUUCUUGCUACUACUGCUGUACGGCUGGGGCAGCAUCCCCAUGGCUUAUGUCUUCAGCUUCCCCUUCCAAACGGCAGCCUCCGGUUUCGCCGUUUUGGCUCUCAUCAACAUCGUCGCAGGCGAGAUCAUCACGACUGCCGUCUGGGCGCUGGAUCUCUCCGACCAGCCCGACCUUAUCAUUGUUAGUGAUGUUCUACACUGGGUUACUUCCCUUAUCCCAGCAUACCCGGCCUCCAUGGCCUUCAUGCACCUGGUUGACACGAGUACAUACAACACCCAGUGCGACCAGUUCAAUGAGACGGUAAAGGAGGAGCUGUGUAACACGCUAACUCAAAUGCUGCCCAACAACAGCUACAUGAUAUGUUGUCCCCAAUGUGCAGAGGUGGGCACAGGGAUCUGCUUUGAAAAACACUCUUACUUCAUGUUCAAUAGCAACGGCAUGGGACCCAAUCUGCUCACGCUGUUCAUCAAUGGUGUAAUCUUCCUGUCAGUCCUCGUGUUAUUGGAAAGCAAGGCUGCCAAAAUGCUGAAGAGUACAUGGUGGCGGAUAGUGACUCGUUGCUCGCAGGGUAAAGCUAGUAAGACGACCCCUGCCUGGGAGUUAACACAGGACAACGACGUCGCAGCAGAGGCUGACUUAGUACGAAAUGUGUUUGAGUCGCGUCAGGCUGGAGGUGGGUUGGAUGACUCUACCCUGCUCGUCUCCAGCUUGAAGAAGCAGUUUCUGGGAGCCCCUCGACCAGCGGUUAGUGGCGUGAGCUUCCGCGUGGCUAAAGGAGAAUGCUUAGGCCUCCUGGGGGUCAAUGGAGCAGGCAAGACGACGACAUUCAGGAUGUUGACCGGAGAUGAGGAACCCUCUUCAGGAGACGCCAUGGUAGAUAACAUAUCACUUCACAGGGAUAAGAACAAGUUCGUGCAGCAGAUAGGAUACUGCCCUCAAUUUGACGCUGUUCUAGGCGAACUAACAGCCAUCGAGAUGCUGACGCUCGUGGGCAGACUAAGAGGAGUCAGCGACGCACGGAUGAAGCGCUUGGUUAAUGAGUUGGUGACUCUGGUUGGACUCACAGAAUGUGCGCUGCGUCCUUCUUCGACGUAUUCGGGAGGAAACCGCAGGAAACUCUCCACUGCCAUGGCGCUAGUUGGAUCGCCGCAGCUGGUGUUCCUUGACGAGCCAACCUCAGGCGUCGACCCAGCAUCUCGACGUCGAGUGUGGACCGCCGUCACGAAGGCAAUCAACAACGGCCAGAGUGUGGUCCUCACCAGUCAUUCCAUGGAGGAGUGCGAGGCGCUAUGUUCUCGUAUCAUUAUUAUGUCUCGUGGAACCCUUCGUUGUGUAGGAACUACGAGCCACUUGAAGGCUAAGUUUGGCCAAGGUUACAGUCUCCAAAUAAAACUGAGAACCCAUGGCUUAUGUCCCAAGGGCGCUACAAACACUGAAGACAUCUACACAUCAAAGGUGCAGCAAGUAAAGAGUUCCAUCAGUUACUAUCUUCCUGGAGCCGUCAUUAUAGACCAACAUAAGGGCAUGUUGUCGUACAGGAUCCCGACUAGGAUAUCGUGGGGGCGACUCUUCUCCGUGAUGGAGGCGCUGAAGAGUGGCAGGCAACCCAGCGACCGAGAUAGUGACGCCAUCGCCAGUCCCGUCGCCAACCCGCAAGAGUCAAUCGUGGAGGACUACGCUGCCUCAGACACUUCGUUGGAGCAAGUGUUCUUGACUUUCGCCCGAGAAGCUUCGGGCGAAAAUCAGAAUAAAGACAUUCCUCAGGAAGUCGUCACGAAAUUGUGAAGUCGCGUCUAGCCUUCCAUGCGCCCGGGUUCUACGUGGCGGAUUGGCGUGAAUGUGUUUGAAUGUAUGUGUUUGUGUGCGUAUGUGACAUAGACACGCACACACACGUACGUAUAUAUAUACGUGUGGGUAUAUAUAUGUGUGUAU